AUGGAAAAAAUAAAAUUUCUUUCAUUUCUCAUUGUUCAACUUUUUUUGGUGAUGGAAGUUGUUAAUUCGCAAGGCGUGGAAGUAGGGUUCUACAAGAAAAUAUGUCCAAAUGUGGAAGCAAUUGUGAAAGAAAUAACAGUGAACUACAUUUCUAGUGCUCCUACUCUCACUGCCCCAUUGUUGCGAAUGCAUUUUCAUGAUUGUUUUGUUAGGGGAUAUGAUGGCUCAGUGCUACUUAAUUCAACAAAUGGAAAUCAAGCGGAGAAAUAUGCAAUUCCAAACCAAAGCCUAAGAGGGUUCCAAGUAAUAGAUGCUGCUAAAUCUGCUUUAGAGAAAGAGUGCCCUGACGUUGUCUCUUGCUCUGAUAUUUUGGCCUUAGCAGCUCGUGAUGCAUUUUCACUGGUUAAUGGACCAAGUUGGCAAGCCCCCUUAGGGAGAGGAGAUGGGAGAGUGUCAAUUCUCUCAGAGGCCUUAAAGAACCCUCCAACUCCUUUUGAUAACUUCACUACUCUUAAAACAAUAUUUGGUGCAUUGGGCCUAAAUGUAAAAGACCUUGUUCUAUGGGCAAUUCGACACACUAUUGGGAUGUCACAUUGCUUUUCCUUCCCAAGCCGUUUGUACAAUUUCACUGGCAAAGGUAACAUGGACCCAAACAUGGACCAAAACUACAUUAAUCGUUUGAAGAUCAAAAGUAAGCCCAAUGAUGUGACCACAAUUGUUGAAAUGGACCCCGGAAGUUUCAAGAGUUUCGACACUGAUUAUUACACUAUGGUUGCCAAAAGAAGAGGGUUGUUUGGAUCUGAUGCAGCUCUUCUUACAAAUAGUCAAGCGAAAGAUUAUGUGUUGUGGUUGUCCCAAUCAAAACCUCAUGGAUCAACUUUCUUCAAGGAUUUUGGUGAAUCGAUGGUGAAAAUGGGGAAGAUUGGAGUCCUUACUGGGAAAGCAGGCGAAAUUCGAAAACAUUGUGCCUUUAGAAACUAA